UGUUGUCAAGUUGAAGUGACGCGUUCUCCAUAGUUUCAAUCCUCUGCGCAUGCACUGUAGACAAUUAUCAGUAUGGCGUCGCGGAUACAAAAGUGUGAGGCUGUUUUUAGCAAGAUAAGAGCUUGAAAACCACAAACACAGAGGAGAAUAUGCACAGUGAGAAGAAAUUAACCAAGGAAGACACGUGGAGACCUGCUGAGCUAAGAAGACACAUCAGAGAGAAAGACCAUGAUGACGGCUAUUCAAGAUGGAGAGAAGACAACAAGAGAAAGCACCGUGGUGGAGAAUCUGUGGAGAGAUGGCACCGAGAUCCAGAGGAGCCCAGAAGAGAUGGGGACAAGCUCAAGGAAAGAGAGAGUAGACACGGAGAGAGUAGAGACAGACACGCAGAGCGGAGGAAAGACGGAUCUCAUGAUAGGAGAGGUGACAAAGACAGGAAGAGAAGAGAUGAGGAGGGCAGGCGAAAAGGGGUAGAUGAUGGUAGAGAUAACAGGGGAGAGGACUCAAGAGAAAGGGACAGGCACAAGGACAGACACAAAGAUAAGGAAAAAGAGAGGGUAAAACUAAAGGAGAGACACGAUGAGGAGGACAGGGACAAAAGGAGAGAAGAUAGACAGAAAGAAAUGAGGAGAGAAGAACAAGACAGAGAGCACAGGAUAGAGAGAAGGCGACAUGAUGAAAGUGGCGAAGUAAGAAAAGAUCAACCAGAAAAGCUGCAGAGGGACAGGCAGCACAGAGGUGAAUAUGAAGACAAAAGAGACAAAGACAUUCAGGAAGACAGAAGGCGUUCAGAGCGGACAGAAGACAGAGAAGAACAAAGACGACGUAAAGAAGAACGAGAAAGAAGACACAAGGAGAGAAGGCAUCAUGAUGAGAGACGGAAGCAUGAAAGUGAAUCCAAGGAACGUCAGAACUUGAAAAAAUCAGAUGAUGGUGUGUGGAAUUCCCGUGUCGACGGGGAACGAACAGAAAGGGACAAAGAGAGACAUAAAAAAGAGGAGGAAGAUGUAGACAGAAGACAUAAAGACAGAAAACACAGAGAGGAAGAGGACGUGGAAAGAAAUCACAAAGAGAGAAGCAGCUCCAAGAAAUCCUCAUUAGGCAAAAAUCUCAGAAAUGAGAAAAGGGAGGAAAAGACAAAGGAUAACGAAGUUGUUUCCAAGCAGCAGAAAGCAGAUGGGAAAAAUGGAGAGGUGCAUGUAGAAAAGGCAGAUUUGGCAGAGCAAGAAUAUGAAGAAGAUUUUGAGAGACUGGAUUAUGAAGAGGAUUUUGAAGACAUGGAUGAGAGUGCUGCUGAAGGUGAGGAUGAGGAUGUGCCAGAGGUGGAUGAUGGGAAGGAAGUGCAGACUACGCAACGAAGUAAAGAGAUUGAGGCAAUCCGGAGAGCCAUGGCUGAAGAGAACGAGAGAGCGGAAACGGAUCAGUCCAGGCGGAGUACGAGCAGAGAGGAGCAGGAAGACAGACCCAAAUGGUCUAAAGGCUCUGAAAGGAAUGAGAGUAAAACCUCCCGCCGUGGCAAAUUCAUCAACUUUGUGGCUGCGAAGCAACGUGAAGUCAGCAAGAAAGUUGCCACAAAACAGAAGAAGCGAAGCACAGAGCUGCUUCGUUUAAUCGAUCUGGAUUAUUCCAUGACUUUCUCCCUCCUGGAUAUACCACCUGUCAGUGAAUAUGAGAUGUAUAUAAAGAGCUUUGGAAAUGCCAACACUAAGCAGGCUUACGCCCAGUGUAAUGAGGAUAAUGCAGAUCGAGACAUCCAGACAGAGGAAAUAGAAAUGUGUGAAAAGUGGACUCAGCAUCCCCCUGAAUACAGUGGAGCCUGUGGAGAUCCAAACUUCUCUCAGGAAGCACGAGACAAAACCAGGACCGGAAUCAUCCUUGAUUCACAAUGCCUGAUGUCAUUUCUGCGCUCGGCCUCACAGGUCAUGGUUGUGCUGCUGGAGGAAGAUCAAGCAGAGCGGAAGUCCCUAAGGAAGCUGAAGACUCAAACAGAUUUGCUUUCUUUCAGCGAUGGAAGUUUACAGCUCAACACCAAGUUGCCUUUUCUUUUAGGUCGACAGAUUAGCCUGCUGCACUUCUCUCAAGUUCAGAAGCACACAAUGCUGUCCGUGCACACGCCCACAUCCGAAGCCAGCGCUGUCCGCUUCGAGAGCUGCACCGUCGUCUGCGUUUGGAACAUCUGGGAGCCAUCCAGACCUCAAAAGAUACUCAUCUAUGAAUCAGAGGUUCAGUGUUGCUGCUUCAGCCCAGGAAAGUCCACUCUGGUGUUUGCAGGAACACCAGUUGGUUCUGUGGUUCUGUGGGACCUGAGGGAGCAUGCUAGCAGCCAUUACAGAUUAAAGAUUGGUGAGGCCGAGUGGACCUUCAGACACCCUACCUUCUCCACUGAUGCAGUGAUGUCCGGCUCAGGCCAUGUCUCACCUAUCACCUCCUUAGAGGUCGUUCCCUCCUUUGUAGCUGGAGGACUGAGACCAGAGGUCCCACUUUUGACCUCUGAGGAAGAGUCAUCAGGAUUGUCGUUAGAACUGGCUUCUCUAGAUGAAAGUGGGGUGUUAAAUUUCUGGGUGGUGGUGGAGCUGCCAAAAGGUAACGAGGCAGGCUCUCCAACAGAUCUAGGUCUCCGUCCUGGGGGCAAAGUGAAGCUGCUUCACAGCUCAUCCCUCCUUGCUGUUCAGAGCCCGUCACUAAAACAUGCAGCAAAAACAAGACCACUUCAGACGCUGCUAUUAAAAUACCAUCCGACAGACUCCAAUCAGUUCUUUAUCGGCACUAAUCUGGGUCUGGUAAGCCAUGGAACAAGUCACGGUUUAAAGGCUCCUCCGCAGUUUUACAGGUUUCAGGAGGUGGAAGAAAGAACAGUUGACAUCAGCUCAAUCCACUUUUGUCCUUUCAGCCCAAACCUGUUCCUGGUAGGCUGUGCAGAUGGCAGCAUCAGGCUGCAUCUAGUCAGCCAUGAUCAACCUGUGGCAGAAUGGAUGAACAGCACCGCUGGUGAACCGGUGAUCUCGCUACAGUGGGCCCAGACCAGGCCCGCUGUGUUCUGUGUGCUCGAUGCGGCUUCUAACCUCCACAUAUGGGACCUCUUGAAAGAUGAUGCACAUCCUGUUAUAACAGAGAAAAGUACUGCUCAUAGGGUUACUGCUAUGGCUGUGUUUGGAGACUCAGGACAACAGAAUACAUACUCAGGAAUUGCCCUGGCGUAUGAGUCAGGAAAAAUAGAGCUGCAGCAUUUCACUCAAACUUUGACGGUGCCCAACCCUGCAGAAGAGGGAAAGCUGGAGAACAUAAUGGCUGAAGUCUUUUGAAAUCCUGCAUCUUGAACAGCUGACUUCAUGCUGAUAAGGACCCAUUUUGGUGUUACUGUAAAGGUUCAAUGCAUUUUUAAAUAUAAAAGGAGCAAAAAGUUAAACUACCACCACCACCUUAUAUACCUUAAGAUCAAUAAAGGGGAUGUUUUUGUUUCUUUAUUUUAUUGUUUUAUGCUAAAUUGAUCAUAGAUAUGCUGGACAUAACCAUAGGUAUGAAGGGAAUGUUGGUAAUGCAUUAAUUGUCCUUAGUUAAAAAAGAAGACUGUACUCUUGCUCUUUCUUGGGAAUACACAGAAAAUAUUUAUGCUUUUUGCCUAUAAAAUAUUUGUAUUACAAAGUUUGAGUCAUUUAAAUAAACUUUAGUAAAUCUGUA